GUGAAUCUAUUGAAUUACCACUGCAACUCACCGGAAAUUUACCAUGGGAUGUUGGAUAUCGUCAUUUAGAUUAUCCUGAUAAUUUAAGAAAAGUGCAUAACUUAUAUGAUCAUUCAUUAGCAAUAAAAGUUAGUGAACCAGGUAAAUAUGAGUUGAUGGAAGUCAAAGACACUUAUUGUUAUGGUAAUAUUAUACCUGAAAUGAAAGAGACAGAGGUGAUGUGGCUACCUAGACCAACAUUGAAUUUGUUAGAAGGUGAGGCCAAGUUAUUGCAAUCACCACCAGCAGUGCAAAAUUAUUAUAAACAUAAAAAUGUUUGUGAAGGAGUUGAAGAUUCUGUUGGAUUAGUAUUGCAAGGUAGAGCACCAUGGACAAUCACUUAUCGAAUUGUUUCCAAGAAAAUUGAUCAAUUUCAACAGCAAACAAUAGGAUUCCCUACAACAAGAUUACAUCUUAAUACUGGCAUUGCAGGACAUGACAUUUAUAAUUUCACAAGUAUUUCCGAUGACAUAUAUAGAAAAGCAACAUCAAUAUCAUUAUUAUUAGAACAAGAUGUCAUGGCAAGUCCAAAAGCACAAUUUGUUACAAAAGAUGAUGAUCAUGGAAUGAUAUAUCAUUGUGUCAAUUUGCCAUUUUCAAAAAAAGAUUCAAUAAAGGUUAGAUUGCAGGGAUUGCCACCAUUUGGUUUAGUGUUUGACAUAAUAUAUGAGGCUGGUAAUCAAAUUGAACGUGUAAAUAUAGAAGAGAUUAAUGAUAUGGAGUACUAUUUCUUACCAAACAGGAAAUUUAGCUUAAUUGGAAAUUACACAGUUUCUAUUAUACAAGUAGUUGAUGCAAAUG